AAAUUGUUAACUCUUGUCAUGUAAUGUUUAAAUAUUAAUUCCCUCUUUCCUUCUUAAUUAACAGGAAGUAGCGAGUGACUGUAAAAAAUAAAAUAAAAUACGAGACAUUCCAAGAGAAUGACAAAAGACACGUAGAUGGAAAGAGACUAUAGAGAAUUUAUUUUUUCAGAGGUCGUAUUAAGAAAAGCGGCAUGAUGGAUUUAAUGGCUUUUGUGCCUGUCACAAAGGCACCGAUUAUCCAGAAUGAACCGCGCAUGGAGCACGUUUGCGAGGUGCCGCCGAAGGAGGAUCCACUGAUGAGUAUGAUCCCCGGAAGCUCUCCGUGGUCGAGGCUGCGACGCUGGUUUCUCAGCACGCGGAUAGUGUCGCGGAAGCAUCCGUUCACGCGUUACUACCUGAAGAGCACCCAGGCGAUCGACUACGAGAUCAGUCGACACCUCAAGUCUCAUCCCCACAUGAUCCAUCCGUUCAGCACCUUCAGAAUAUUUUGGGAGUCUGCGAUGACGCUGUUCAUCAUCGCGGCUCUGCUCGCAACUCCGGUCUUCCUCGCAUUUUAUUUCGACAAGCUCGAGAAGUGGUACGUCAUCAACCACGCGAUCGACGCCGUGUUCAUAUGCGACAUCGCGAUCUGGUUCUUCACCGGCUAUUACGAUUGUCAUAUGCAGCUGAUAGUUCUGGACCCGAAGGUCGUCGCGAGCAAGUAUCUGCGGGGUUUCUUCGUCCCGAACGUGUUACCGGUGCUGCCGUUGGAGUUCCUCAUCCUGCUCUUCGAGUCGCUGUGGUAUCUGGCGUCGUUGAACCUGCUGAAGAUACUGUGGAUACGAACCGUCAUCAUUUACUCACGCAGACUCUAUUCAGUUUACCGAAUUGAUUUCCAUCUGAAAAAGGGAGCGGAGAUUAGCGUCAUCAUCGUCGUAUGCGUGCACUGGGCCGCAUGUCUGGAGUAUUAUUUGCCGCUGGCGGUCGCCAAGAUAGUCGGGGAGAAUGACGCAUCGUGGAUUCGAUCGUCUUACAUGACGGAAAGAAGGACGAAGCUUGCGGUCUAUCUAACGUGUGUUAACAGAGCUAUUAUCGCCCUAGUCGGAUCCACGCAUUAUUUGAACGUCAGCACUCCAGAGGAUAUUAUUUAUAAUCUAAUUCUCUCUGUCCUUGGAGUGCUUGGAUUUAUUUAUCUGCUGGCGCGAUUAUCAUUGCUAAUGAUAACGUUCCAUUCCUCCCGCAAGAGGCAUUUGAAAAUAAUCCAGCAGCUGCAACAGUACAUGAGGUACAAGGAGCUGUCGUAUUCCUUGCAGCGACGAUUGCUGGCCUACUACAAUUACCGCAAUAAAAAGGGUAUCGAGAGGGAAAAGAUUAUUAUCAACCACGUGUCGCCCUACUUGCGAGAAAAGCUUCUUCUGCACAAUUAUCACCGAUUAAUAACCGACGUGGCGCUGUUCAAGUACCUGCCGCAGGCGGUGGUGACACGGUUAGUCGGCGCCAUGCGCUCCGAGAUUUUCAUGUCGAACGACACGCUGGUCAAAGCCGGCACACGCGGCGACGCCUUAUACUUUAUCGCCUCCGGCACCGUGGCCGUCUACAACAUCGUGAGGAGAGAGAUCUGCCACAUGGAGAACGGCGCGUACUUCGGCGAGCUGGCGCUGCUGAUGGAGGACGAGCGCUGGAUCGCGAGCGUCGUCGCCGUGGAGAACUGCGAGGUCCACGUGUUGCCGCGCGCCGGCUUCCAGUACGUCCUGUUGCCGUAUCCCGAUCUCCUGGCGUAUCUGCUGAACGUCGUGCUCGCGCGCCCGGAGCAGACGCCGACGCACGAGAAUACCCACGAGCCGAACUCGUCGACGACCGCGGGAACGUCCGGGACCGUCAAUAUCAGUAGCAUAAAAGUCAAGAGGAGGGAAUGA